AUGGAUGUCUAUAAGCUUCUUCUCUUGCUCCUAAUGUUCGUCUUGGCUCUUGCUCAAGAUAUUGUUGCCUCCUCUGUUGCCUCCGCUGGUGCUCUUACCGCCGCCCAAACUAUUGCAGACUCGUUCGGCCAAGACCCAUACUCCAAAGUCGAGAUUCUUCCCUAUCCCUCUAUAUCCACUGGUGCUGGGGGCUUUAUCGACCUGGAACGGGCGAGAUCAACUGUAUACUCUACUUCCAUCGUAUACGUCUCUUAUACCAACGUCUUCGCUACCACGGUCCUCCCUCAGAGCACAACCACUGCCGUGAUUACCCUUAAUGUCACUUCUACGGCUUCUGUCACGUCUACAAUCUUGUCAACCGAACUCUCCACAACCACUGCCGUCGCAACCACGGCUUCUCUAACGUCUACACUCUUGACAACGGAGAUAUAUACAAGCACGGCUGUUACAACGAUCUCAACUAUAUCCACGACUUUCGCUACUGGUCUCUGUCAUUUUUCUUCCCAGGAUGCCUUAACUCCAUGUACUGCUGCCGUUGUAGCCUCUCCUACAUUGUCUUCUCCAACUAUAUCCUCCGCUUCAGCUUCCUCUCCCGCGAUCCGCAAUAGACCCAACGGUCUAUUCAGAUCUCUGGGAUUCCUAAAGCGUCGUGCUGUCGGAGCCAAUCGCCAUGAGAAGCGAGAUCAGAGUUGCAGCGCCUGGCAGGCCUCUAUCGUCAUCACUGCCUUCUUCAUUGCUUUCACCUUGGUCUCGAUCCUAUGCUUCGCGACAAUUAUUCGGGAGAAGAGGGAGCAACCCUCGCGGAUUCAUGCCUACAAGUGGUGGGUAUAUGCCGCGCAAGCUGCUUUCUUGGGAUUACUGAUUUGGUUGCUUAUCUGGUCAGCGAUGGCGACGGUUGGAAAUGGAUGUAAUUGA